UCCCAAUAUUUACUGAAGCGCUAAACCCUAAUUCAGCAGUUUGAAAAGUGCGCCAUGGACGAAGAAAGGGAACCGGAAUCCACCAAAGACGUUGAAGUUGCUCCGGCUCUCAUCGCCGUCCACCCCGACCACCACUCCGUCGCCGUCGCCGUCGGACCGGACCUCCGCGUCUUCGACCUCAUUGCCGGUUCUGCAGCUUCUCUAGUCGACGACUCUGUCUCCGGCGGCCAACAACAACCACCCUUCCACAAGGACAGCAUCAGAGCCAUUCGCUUCGCCGCCAACGGAAAACUCUUCGUCUCCGCCGGUGAUGAUAAAACCGUCAAGAUUUGGUCUCCGCCGCAAUCCUGGCGCUGCAUCGCUACCGUGUUAUCGGAGAAGAGAGUCACUGCGGUUGCCAUAAGCAAUGAUGGAUGUUACGUGUGCUUCGCUGAUAAAUUCGGAGUUGUUUGGGUUGUGGAUCUUGAACAACCAUUAGGUGAUAAGAAACCAACACCGCUUCUAUCUCACUAUUGCAGUAUCAUCACUAGCUUGGAGUUUUCGCCGGAUGGUCGGUUUAUUUUAAGUGCUGAUCGAGAUUUCAAAAUUCGGGUUACUUGUUUUCCCGACAAACCGUUAAAUGGAGCUCACGAGAUACAAAGUUUCUGUCUUGGUCAUACAGAGUUUGUCUCCUGCCUGGCCUUUGUUCCUGCUAAGGAAUGCCCUCAAAGCCUACUUCUUUCUGGCAGUGGAGAUUCCACGGUUCGGCUAUGGGAUAUCUCCUCCGGAGCACUCCUAGAUACUUGUGAGGUUGCAAAUAAGGCAGGACUUCUAGAAUCUAAUGGUAAUGCGGAGGAGCUUGGCCAUGCUGUUACUAAUUUAUGCACCACACAUGAUGGUUUGCUUGUUGCAGCUGCAAUUCAGAGCUUGCAAGGAAUAGUAUUGAUGAGUUGCAAUAGUUCUUCGCAAAAACUUUCCGUUAUUAAGGUGGUUUCUUUUGCGGGAGAUGGCUUUGUCCCUACCUGCCUGGGAAACAUCCCUUCUACAGGGAAAUUGUGGAUGGUGACCGGUGUUUCUAGUUUACCUGGUUCCAAUUACCCCUCUGUGGCUCGCGUCCGAGUAAUUUCUGGUAUUGAUGGUGACCAAGAGCCUGUUGUUCUGGGAGAUGAUAAUAUACCUGGAGGUGAAAAGCUACUACAAACAUUGCAAGGAACUGCAUCUGUUGAUGAUAAUGCUUUUUUGGCCGCAGCUGAAGCUGUCAAAACAGCAAUGUGCAACCUAUUAGUAAAAAAGCAAUACCCUGCAGAGAAUAGGGAAUAUAGGAAGAAGACCAGAAAUGAUAGAAAACACAAGGGGUAGCAAUUUUGUCCCAAUUUUUUGUUGUUGUUUAUUGAUAUAUGUAGCAACUUAGCUUCCUUAACUUCAUGUGAUCCAUUUAUUUAUUUCCUGAUAAACUAUCUCAAAAUAUUAAGACCAGAUUUGCGGCCA